AUGGCAAGCACGAUGCUUGGCUUAUCUCUGCUUAUGAUAUUGGUAUCGAUCGUGGUGUCGGAGCUGUGCAACCCGGAAGACAAGAAAGUGUUGCUCCAAAUCAAGAAGGAUCUCAACAACCCUUACCUGCUUGCCUCGUGGGACCCAGACACCGAUUGCUGCCAUUGGUACACCAUCACAUGCGACCGCAAAACGCACCGCAUCAACUCCCUCACUCUUUUCUCCGACACAAAUUUCACGGCCCAAAUCCCACCUUCCGUGGGCCUACUCCCAUACCUCGAGACCCUCGAGUUCCAUAAGCUCCCGAAGCUCACGGGCCCAAUCCAGCCCGCCAUCGCCAAGCUCACUAACCUCAAGUUCCUCCGCAUAAGCUGGACCAACGUCUCGGGCCCGGUUCCCUCCUUCCUGACCCGCCUCACAAACCUCACAUUCUUGAACCUCUCGUUCAACAACCUCACCGGUUCAAUCCCCGGUUCACUCUCCCAGCUCCCCAACCUCGGCACACUCCACCUGGACCGCAACCACCUCACCGGUUCAAUCCCUCGCUCUUUCGGGUCCUUCAACUCCAGCCCAGAUAUCUACCUCUCUCACAACAACCUCUCUGGGCCCAUCCCAACCUCGCUGGGGAACCUCAACUUCACAGUCCUGGAUCUGUCCCGGAACAAGCUCGUGGGUGACGCGUCAGCGCUUUUCGGGCCCAAUAAGAUGGUCCAGAUAGUGGACCUGUCGAGGAACCAACUAUCGUUCGAUCUAACGAACGUGGAGUUCCCCGCGAGCCUGACAUCGUUGGAUCUGAAUCAUAAUAAGGUGUACGGUAAGCUUCCUCAAGGGUUGACCGCACUGAAUCUUCAGUACCUGAACGUUAGUUAUAACAGGCUUUGCGGGCAGAUUCCAGUGGGUGGGAAGCUGCAAAGUUUCGAAGUUUACUCGUAUUUGCAUAACAAGUGCCUGUGUGGGUCCCCUCUUCCCAGCUUUCAUGAUGAUGAGACAUCACAGUAUUCCCACAGCCCACAGGAAAGGAAUUGGCAACAUGCAGUAUAUACGUUCCCCAUCGCACUCUAUAAAUUUUCAACGCUCUCCAUUCUCAUUCCAUCGAAAAUGGAAUCCACGUUUGGAUUAUGCUUCCUCACGUUCCUGUUGUUAUCUCCACUUGCAUUCUCGGAGCUGUGCAACCCACAAGACAAGAAAGUGCUUCUCCAAAUAAAGAAGGACAUGAACAACCCUUACCUCUUAGCCUCGUGGAACCCUGACACCGAUUGCUGCGACUGGUAUUGUGUCGAAUGCGACUCCAAAACGCACCGCAUCAACUCCCUCGUGAUGUUAUCCUCUGUGCCAGAUACCAAUUUAUCAGGCUACAUACCACCCUCAGUCGGUGACCUCCCUUACCUUGAGACCCUCGAGUUCCACAAGCUCCCCAAACUCAUCGGCCCAAUUCAGCCCGCCAUCGCCAAGCUCACCAAACUCAAGUACCUCACUAUCAGCUGGACCAAUAUCUCCGGCCCAGUUCCCGAUUUCUUGGCCCAACUCACAAACCUGGAGUUCAUCGACCUUUCCUUUAAUAACCUCUCCGGCUCCAUACCUGCCUCACUUUCCCACUUGCAAAAUCUCUUGUCUUUAGGCUUGGACCGGAACAAGCUCACGGGCCCAAUCCCAGACUCAUUUGGGACAUUCAAGAAGCCAGGCCCAAGUAUCAUCCUAUCCCACAACCAGCUUUCGGGGCCCAUUCCAGCCUCCUUGGGCAACUUAGACCCCCAAAGGAUAGACUUUUCAAGGAACAAGCUGGAAGGCGAUGCCUCCGUGCUCUUCGGGCGCAACAAAACGACACAGAUUCUUGACGUUUCGAGGAACUUGUUGGAGUUCGAUUUAUCCAAAGUGGAGUUCGCCACGAGCUUGAUAUCGUUGGAUCUGAAUCACAACAAGAUCUAUGGCAGCAUUCCCGUGGGAUUGACCGCAGUGGAUUUUUUGCAGGGGUUCAACGUCAGCUAUAAUCGGUUGUGUGGGGAGAUUCCUCAGGGUGGAAGAUUGCAAAGGUUCGAUGUGUAUUCCUAUUUUCACAACAAGUGUUUGUGUGGGCCCCCACUUCCUAGCUGCAAGUGAACUUAUAAUAUGAUACUUCAAUCAUAUUAUUCUAACUCAAAUAAAAUAUAUCUUCCUUUUCCAUCAAUAUUUCUGUUUCUGUAGACACUUAAAUAUAGUGUCAAACUUUACAUUCAUCUCUCUGUAGUGCUACAAAAUAAAGAACAGCUUUUUUAUUCUGAAUGAGCACAUUUGGCGA